GUGAGUGAACUAUAACAUCCGAUAGGAUGGUCAAUGCAGUCAAAUAUAAAUACUAGCAUACACACACGUGUGUGUGUGUGUAUAUAUAUAUAUAUAUAUGUGUGUGUAUAUAUAUAUAUAUAUAUGUAUAUAUAUAUAUAUAUAUAUAUAUAUCCCCUCAAAAAUUGCCAGAGAGGUUAUAGAAGAGAUCAACGAGAGACAAGUGCUGAAAAAAAAUGAAAAAAUACGCAUGCGCACCACACGUACUUCCGCUUGGACCUUCAUUGCGGAAUAGUUUAUGUCCUUUGCGUGAAGUAUUGUCCAUCAACUGCUAAUAUUUAUAAUGAAUUUUUCGACUACCAGAUACACUCAUAUAUAACAACACUAUCCUUUAUGAAACAUUUUCAUGCUGUUGAUUAUGUGGGAAAUUAGAUUUGCAAAAAACAAAAAAAAAUCAAAUUGAGGGGAGGAGGAAGGCAAAGAAUAUCUGAUGUCAUUUGGGAUACCAAGAGAUAUAUGCUCCUUAUCUAUCAUCUUUUGAAGACUGAAGAAAAAUGUUAUACAGAAGAGAUAUAUAACACUGUUUAUAUAAAUCUUUGGCAGAAUUCCUUUGAACUCUUUGUUCUGAAAUGAAACCAUCACCAAAAUUAAUAUAUGUUUCUGACUGGAGUGCUAAAAGAUGAAUUUGUGUGCUAACGAAAAUUGCAUAAAUUUAUAUGAGGCAACACGGGACAGAAAUAUAACAGUGGAAGUAUUUGUAAGGAAUAAACUCAAAGAAUAGAAGCAAGAAAAAAAAAAAUAUUCAUUGUGAUUUAAGAAGAAAAAUAAUGGAAGAAAGUGAGAAACUUAAGGAUGUGGUUUUUCCUGAAGGCAUGAUAAAAGAGAAAAGUAAAUUGUCAUAUGACUGUGAUACCUGUAAAAAGUCAUUCUCACAAGCAGGUAACCUAAAUACUCAUAAAUGUAUUCAUACAAGGGAAAAGCCAUAUUGCUGUUAUAUCUGUGGUAAAUCAUUCACUGGAAGUAUUAAAUUAACUAGGCAUGUACGUAUCCAUACGGGGGAGAAGCCAUAUCAGUGUGAUAUAUGUGGUAAAUCAUUCUCUCAAAAUGAUGUGUUAACAACACACAAACGUAUUCAUACAGGUGAGAAGCCAUAUCACUGUGAUAUCUGUGGUAAGUCAUUCUCUCGAAGUUAUCAUGUAACUUCUCACAAGCGUAUUCAUACAGGAGAGAAGCCGUAUCGUUGUGAUAUCUGUGAUAAAUCAUUCUCUGUCAGCAGUAACUUAACUACUCACAAAUAUACUCACACAGGAGUGAAGCCAUUUCACUGUGAUGUCUGUGGUAAAUCAUUCUCUGCAAAUAGUCACUUAACUACUCACAAACGUAUUCAUUCAGGAGAGAAACCAUACCACUGUGAUAUUUGUGGUAAAUCAUUCUCUGGUAGUGGUGACUUCACAAAGCACAAACGUAUUCAUUCAGGAGAGAAGCCAUAUCACUGUGAUAUUUGUGGUAAAUCAUUCUCUGAAAGUUAUAAAGUAACUAAGCACAAACGUAUUCAUUCAGGAGAGAAGCCAUAUCACUGUGAUAUCUGUGGUAAGUCUUUCUCUCAAAGUUAUAACUUGACUAAACACAAACGUAUUCAUUCAAGAAUGAAAUCAUUUCACUGUGAUGUCUGUGGUAAAUCGUUCUCUUUAAGUAGUCACUUAGCUGAACACAAAAGUAUUCACACAGAGGAAAAGAGAUAUCUCUGUGAUAUCUGUGGUAAAUCAUUCUUCAAACGCCGUGCGUUAAAUAGACACAAACGUAUUCAUACUGGUGAGAAGCCAUUUCAUUGUGAUAUCUGUGGUAAAUCAUUCCGCAUAAGUAGUGACUAUACUAAACACAAGCGAAUUCACUCAGGAGAGAAGCCAUAUCACUGUGAUAUCUGUGGUAAAUCAUUCUCUCAAAGUAAUAAUUUAACAAAACACAAACAUAUUCAUACAGGAGAGAAACCAUAUCAUUGUGAUAUCUGUGGUAAAUCAUUUUCUCAAAGUCAUAACCUAAUUUCUCACAAACGUAUUCAUUCAGGAGAAAAGCCACAUCAUUGUGAUAUCUGUGGUAAAUCAUUCUCUGUAAUUAGUAACUUAACUUCUCACAAACGUAUUCACACAGGAGAAAAGCCCUCAAAUUAGCGACCCACUUAAACACAUAUGUAUUCAAACACGAAACAAGUCACAUCACUGUAACAUCUGUGAUAGAUCAUUCUCUGGAGGCUGUCAGUUAACUAAACAUGUAUCUAUUCAUAUUGAAGUGUAAUUGUAUCAAUAUGAAAAUUCAUAACGAUAACAGCCAAUAUUUUAAGCUUUAUCUAUUGUUGUGAUAGCUUUGUUGGUUUUAGCCUUACCAAGAACUAAGCUAUUCAUGGUAGCUGCCUUUUUCAGGCUGUCUUUUACAUCUGUUCAACUUUUUCUGAUGCCAACCCUUUUAGUUACCUCUCACAACAUGCAGGGACAUGAUUCACUACUAAAAUUCCGAUAUGAAAAAUGACCUGCAAAACACCCAUUGAUAACAGUCAAUGUAUUCAAACAGGAAAGGCAACACAACAGUGUCUGGUAAUGCCUCCUAACACUACAGUUUAUAAUAUCACUACAACUCUAUCUACACUGGUGAGAUAACUUACCUCUGUGAUAUUCUUAAUAAAAGUAAUUUCUUCCAGGUUUUGAACUGAAACUGUGUUGAAUCCAAUAUUUGGGAGGAGUCAUACUUAAUAAAGCAUAUAUAAACACACUCACUUGCUGUUAUCUAAUGUUUCACUUUUUUUUGCUAAAGCAGUUGAUGUUUGUUUAUCUUCUUAAAAGUAUUUUUUGCUACACUAAAUCUGUAAUGUUCUGAAUGGUGAGUGAGAAAUAAAUUUUGAUGUAACAUAAGCAAACAUCAACAGGUUUUGAUAAAAGAAAGGAUGUGAAAUGCAGACAACAAUCAGUGAGUGUUAUUAUAAACUUUAUUAUUAAUUAUGGCUCUUUCCAAAUUUGACUAAAGUUCUUUUCAAAAUAUUCCAUAUAACAUAUUUCUGGAAUUGAGAAAAGAUUGAUUUGAUAUUGUUGGUAAACUAUUGAGAAAUGUACUCUCUGAGAUCAAUUAUAUCAUCACUGUACAAUUGACAUGUUUGAUGAAGGAAGGGAAUAUACAACAAACUUUCAAUAAUUGCUUUUUCCAUCUUAAAUGUAUAUUUGAAAUCUUGUCUUCAUCGGUGCAAGAUAUAUAUCAUCAUCAUCGUUUAACGUCCGCUUUCCAUGCUGGCAUGGGUUGGACGGUUUGACUGGGGACUGGUGAGCCACAUGGCUGCACCAGGCUCCAAUCUGAUUUGGCAGAGUCUCUCCAGCUGGAUGCCCUUUCUCAUGCCAACCACUCCGAGAAUGUAACAGGUGCUUUUAUGUGCCACCGGCACGAGGGCCAGUCAGGCGGUACUAGCAACACCCUCGUUCAAAUGUUGUUUUCUACGUACCACCGGCACAAGUGCCAGUAAGGUGAUGCUGGUAACGAUUACGCUCGAAUGGUGCUUUUUAUGUGCCACUGGGACGGGGGCCAGUCAGCGGCCUGAGACGAUCACUCUCGGAUGGUGCUCUUAGCGCUCUACUAGCACAGAUGCCAGUCAUGCGGUGCUGUCAUUGAAUUUGAUUUCACUUGCCCCAACAGGUCUUCACAAGCAGAGUUUAGUGUCCAAUGAAAGAAAGGUACACCUAAGUGGGCUGGUUACACCACUGGCAUCGGCCACAGGUUAUGGUUUCACUUGGCUUGCCGGGUCUUCUCAAGCACAGCAUAUUUCCAAAGGUCUCGGUCAGAAGUCAUUACCUCGGUGAGGCCUUAUGUUCAGAGGUCGUACUUCACCACCUCAUCCUAGGUCUAUCUCUUCCACAGGUUCCCUCAACCGCUAGGGUGUGACACUUUUUCACACAGCUAUCCUCAUCCAUUCUCACCACAUGACCAUACCAGCGCAGUAGUCUCUCUUGCACACCACAUCUGAUGCUUCUUAGGUCCAACUUUUUUCUCAAGGCACUUAUACUGUCGAGUAUGCAUUUCACAUUACACUGACAUUACACAUCUAUAUAUAUAUAUAUAUAUAUAUAUAUAUAUAUCCUUAUUCACAUAGUUUUACAUUGAAAUUUAAUUAAGAAGCAAGGGAUGGGAUCAGAUGAUUUCAAGCAUUGUAGCGACAAAUAGCUGCCUGGUAAUUAAGUUUGUUUGGUAUGUAAUGAAUUUUUAUUGUUUUUAUUUGAUUUGUUGUGAAGUUAAAUUGGUCCUACAAAAUAUAUACAAUUUUCUGUCUAUAUAUUCAUGUUUAAAACGUAUUUCAUUAUUAUAUCUAUAAAACUAGUUAUAAAUUAAAAAGAUGUAAUAGGAAAAAUUCCAGUUGUCUUCUUGUUUAAUAUAUCAACACUUGUUAGAGACUAGUAGUUCACUUAAAUACAUAGUGAAAUGUGUAAAUAAAUCACUAAUUCACAAAAAAUAUGUUAAUGCAGCAAUAUUCUUUGGAAAACUUGGAAUGGCUUAUGUGGCAAAUUUGUAAAAUGUUGAAUAUUCUCUUCCUCCACCAAACGCAGUUAUUGUGUUAGCAAGAAAUACAGGAAUCACAGAAGAAAUAUCUCUUUCUAGUAUAUGCAUUGUCUACUACAGUCUGGUAUAUUGGUUUGCGUGAUGUGGGUGUGACAGAAAGGGUUAUGUUAAGUAAAGAAGGUUGAGGAGUUACGCAGGUAUAGGGUUAUAAAUCAUCUGACUACAGUAGAGUGAGCUUAAGAUGUAUGUGUUGGUAGUUAUCAAACGAAAGAAAUUAUUUAUUGUAACAAUGUGGAAUUAAGGUUUAAAAUUGUUAGUUUAAUGAAAGGUAUGCAUAAGGUUAGCAGUAGCAAAUGAGUAAAAACACAAAGAUCUUAAAUCUUGUACAUUGGCAGAGAAUAUCCAAAGUAGAAGCUAAAAUAUGCUAUGUGAUCACUAGAGAAGAAUAUUUAGUCAAACUUGUAAUUCCAAUUAAAAUAGAUAAUGAAAUUUAAAAUUAUGGAAUAGUACAGAGUUCAAAAGUGGUAAAUGUAAAAUAGAGGAAGUGAAUAAAGAUGUCAGAUAGGUACAUAGAAAAAUAUUCAUAAGAAGAGGUGACUAAUAAGGUGGAGCUUAAUAAAGUAUAAGAGGUACAUCUACUUUAUGCAGGUGAGACAUGUUGAGAGAUUCAGAGCACUACAUUUAGAUUUGUGAUAAAAUUGGAACAUCUUAAAGAAUCUGUGGACACAGAUGGUAAAUGCUUCGUUGCGUUUAUUUAAUAAUAAUAGUGAAUCAAGUAAUAGAAUUUGUUAAUAUUUUGUUAAACAUAACCAACAUGGGUAAUUUUUGUCCUGGUAUGGAACACCAAUAUCUAUGAUACACCAAAUGAUAUUAUAUGGUACAUUGUUUUUCUUAAGGUUCUGUAUGUGGUUAACUAGUGAGAUAGAUUUAUUGUGUUUAUCAGAUUUAAAGAAACUCAGGUGGGCUUAGUAUCAGCACUUAAAAUUGACCAUGCCCUCAGUAAUAGAGUUUUGUUGUAUGCUAAAGGUGCACUUAAAAAGAAUGUUGAAUUAUCUGCAGUUGCUAUGUAGUGGUCCUGGGUAUGACUGUAAACUGCAUCUGGUACUGGGGCCCUGGUUCAGAGUUUUGAGGAGUGUGGAACCACCUCUUAGCCACUAUUGUUCCCAGGUCUACUCUGACCCGGAGUAGUAGCACCUGUAAGGGUCCCAGCUAUUGGUUAACUAGCAUAUCAUGGAAUUGCUUUGGAAAGAAGGUCACUGACAGACGCACCAAUAGAGAAGAGACCAUUCAACUCUUUAGAAUCCUGAAAAGCACUGGGCUUGUGGUGGUUGUUGCACCAAGUUAAUACAAGUUUGAUGAACGAGGGGGAAGGGACUGGCUGUGCACAAACCAUGCCCACUAUUAUAAUAUUUGUCAUGCAAGUUGUUCAACAAACCAAGGUAGCAACAUUAUCACACUUUCUUCAAAAUCCGGUGGUGAUAGGGAAAGAAGCCACAAGGACAAGUUGAGAGUGCUACUGGACAUCUUUAGCUUUGACUCUGCAAAUAGAUGGCCAAAGGACGAUGGUUUUCUGUGUUUUGCUGAACCCUUUUUGGUCAAAGCAACAAUAGAGUCCAUACAUAUAAACAAGAUGAGCUUCUUUCAGUUUCCAUCUGUCAAAAAGCUUGGCAGCCCAAGGUAUAAGUAGAAGACACCUAGGGUGCUAUGCAGUGGGACUGAACUUGAAACCUUCUGUUGAAAGCAAACCACAGCCUCCCCUGCACCUAUAGCAGAACAUCUUUUCAAAUACCAAUCACCAGCAUUUUGAACUCUUUGCACAAGUCUUUGAAUUCAACAUUGUCCAUCUUCUUCUCUGAAUUCUUCUUUAAUAGCAUCAUCUUUCAGGCAAGUCACAACAUCUUUGGAAUGGUCAAACCAAUGAAUCUUAUUUUCAGUUUUAUAACAAACUUACUUUACAUUUGUAUGAACGAGAUGAUGGUCAGUCCAGUAUUCAGCUCCCCACAUAAUGAGGACACCACACACAUCAUGAACUUCACACCUAACAAAUAUGAACAAAUUCAAUUCUAUACCACUGCUUCAAGCCUUAACACAUCUAGGUUGUUUUCUAUUUAUCUGCUUUCUGGUACAUGGUGUUUGCCAUGCACAACUCCAGCUCCCAGUAUAUUUGCAACAGUAAUAAGCCAUUACUUUCUAAAGUAUGCCUAGGUUUGGUAAUCCUUGCCAACUCCGGCACUGAAGACAGUAAGUAUAACAAUAUUAUCGGCACAAGGAAUUUUGCAAACAAACUUCUUUAAUGAAAUAUAAAAAAUGCUAGAUUUUCAUCUUCAGAGGAACCUCUGGUUGGAGAGUAGACACUCACUAGAGUAACAAAUUUGUUGUUUAACAAUGGCAUCAUCAUUAACAUGGCUGCUCUUAGAACUUAUAAACUAUGAAAUUCUUUACUGCAACUGCUACAUCAAGCUUUCCUCUUGCACCCUUCAAUUGUUGUUCCUUUAAAAGGUUUAACCACCACAUUAUUCUGUAACGUGACCCCUCUUCAGAGAUUCUUGUUUUAAACAACACCAUUACAGCCAUGUUAUAUAGAUGCAGCUCCUAUGCUACAAAGACUGGUCUUCUUUCAGGCCACAUUGAAGAGGAGUUUACCAUCAUCGUUUAACGUCUGCUUUCCAUGCUAGCAUGGGUUGGUCUAUUUGACUGACAACUGGUGGACCAGGAGGCGCCACCAGGCUCCAAUCUCAUUUGGCAGAUUUGUAAUGUAAUAUUCAAGCAAUCAAUAUUUAAAUGUCUGAAUAUUCUUGAAGUAGCAAGGUGAUGGCUGGGUUUAGCCUGCAAUGCCCAAGUUUGCCUAGUGUCUUUCACUAUCUGUUCCUGAGCCCUUUUUGCAUUAUUACUCUGUAAGGGAAGAGUUAUUAAAUUAACAAAAAAUAAUGGUACUCAUUGGUGAAUCUUAGCAUUGAGUUGCUCAGUCAACAUCAGCUGCUUGGGGAAGAAAAAUUAACACACUUGUCCAAGAUUGAAUGUGUGUUUAUAGGUUUUAUCAAUUAUAAUUCCUUUCCAAUAUAACAAUAGUCUCAGAUCAGAACUCUUGCACAAUUCAAAAUCUGAAACAAAUUGCUUGUAUUAAAUGUCACAAAGGUGUAUUAUUUCACCAAUGUAGAUGUUUUUGGUACGAUAUAAACUAGAGUUUUGGGAGGCUGUUGUUACAAAUGUUUCUCCUUGCCUUUGUGAAUGCAUUUACUAUUGCUAUUUUUAAUGGAAGGAAUUAUGACUAGACCAUAUCUCUGCAUACUGUAAGAGGUUACUAACAGGUUAUGGCAUUAAGAAAGGGCAGCCUGCUGUGAUUGACACCCUAAAAAAGUGAGCCACAAUGAUUGGCAUAGUUAUUGCCAUGGCCCCCAAGUCCACUAGGCUAACACCCAAAUUUAGGUGGAGUUUAAGGUGUAUGUUAUGAAUUUUCUCAUUCAUAAAGACACUGCUAUAUAAAUUCAUCCAUGUCUAUUUAAGACAGUAUUUUGAGAAGAUGACUUUUUCCAGAUUUGACGGUCAUAUGGCAACUUAUCUCUUUUAUCAGAUCUUAAGGAAAACUCAAUUCUUUAAAGUUUCUUCUUUCCACAAUUUUCCUUUUCAUAUCAUAUAUAUAUAUUUUUUGUUAUAGUUUAUUUCUGCUGAGUAUGUCUUUUUAAACAACACUUUUACAAGUUUGUUCAAUCAUUACAGAAGCUCCUCUUAUAGAUACCUGGGUCAUUGAUGUUCAGAAAUUUAGCUAAUAGUCUUAGUUCGGAGGAAAUAUUUCACAGGAAUUCUACCAUAGAUUCAUAGAAACAGUGUUAUAUGUCUGUUCUGUAUAAUAUUUUCCUUUAGUAUUUAGAAAAUGAUUUACUGAGGACAUAUUUUCAGUUAUGGCAAUGUCAUCUGAUAUUCUGAAAUAAUGAAGGAAGAAAACAGCUUCUAAUAAAUACAAAUUCAAAAGUGGAAGAUUUAUUGUAUUUCUUUAGAGAAAAACAUUUACCUGAACUUUUUCAUUUAUCAAAGUUCAGGUUACAGAAACUUGGGUGAAUCAGACAUAUUUGUUAACUACAGCUACACUUCCAUAUUGUGUAACAUUAUAUAUGCCAGGAUGAGUGGAGAGUUUUUUUAAAUUUCAAGUUAUAAUUAAUAGCCCUAACAAAUUACAUGCAAAAAGCAUUUAUUUGGCAAAAUAUAUCCCAUAUUCUAUUGUCUGUUGCUAUUGUUCCACACUUGGGUUGUAAUCUGUUGAUGCAAGAACUGGGGUUCCAGCCCCUCAAAUUUGCACCUAACUUGAAUGUUAGGGGAUUGUCAUGUAGGAGUGCAUGUCUUCAAUUGACCAAUGCCGAGUAGCAGGCUUUCAAAGCAUCUUGUACUGCAGCUGAGACAAACUCAAAGUGCAACAUCCCCUCAACCUGUUCAAACCACUCUUCUUUGACAACAGAUUCUGGAAUGAAGUGACUGAUUUCUCUUAUUAGGAUUAUGAAAAUAGAUUCAUUUUUCAUCUCCAGUUACAAUUCAGUUGCAAAAACAGGCAUCUCAAGAAUUUGUUAGCAAAUGUUCAUAUGUUGAGCCUGGUCAUUGGUCAGUUCAUAAGGAACUUCUUGACAGCAUCUGUUCACAAGACUGAACUUGUAGAGGUGUCAGCUAAUAGUGCUUUGUGAAGAAUUAAAUUCUGCUAACAAUAACAUAGGCGUAGGAGUGGCUGUGUGGUAAGUAGCUUGCUUACCAACCACAUGGUUCCGGGUUCAGUCCCACUGCGUGCCACCUUGGGCAAGUGUCUUCUACUAUAGCCUCAGGCCGACCAAAGCCUUGUGAGUGGAUUUGGUAGACGGAAACUGAAAGAAGCCCGUCGUAUAUAUAUGUAUAUAUAUAUGUGUGUCUGUGUUUGUCCCCCAACAUCGUUUGACAACCGAUGCUGGUGUGUUUACGUCCCUGUAACUUAGCGGUUCGGCAAAAGAGACCGAUAGAAUAAGUACUAGGCAUCCAAAGAAUAAGUCCUGGGGUCGAUUUGCCCGACUAAAGGUGGUGCUCCAGCAUGGCCGCAGUCAAAUGACUGAAACAAGUAAAAGAGUAAAAGAGAAUACAGGUGCUUGAAUGUUGAACCAUUUCAAGCAAGGUCUCAUCUUGUGUUUGAGGCUGGGGUCACCUUUCUUAAAACAUCUGGACCAGUUUUGUGCCACAUGUUCAUUGACAGUUUCUCAGCCUUCCACAUCGUUAAUUUCUUUUACUGCUGCCCUUACACUCACUCUUUUUCCUACAGGUAGUGCAAAAUGGCUCUAAUUGCAAUUUUUUCACCUCUCAUUAUUAAAGUUCUAAAACAAAGAAUGAACAAUUCAGCAAUGAUUGGACAAGUUAUAUCAAAUGAAUGAUAUACAAGUUGCCAAAAAUAUCAGUGGAAAUCUGAAAAGACUUUUGACUCUGCCUGGUAUCAAACCAGAGAAUAUAAUGUACAGCAGCAUUCUUCUCUCUCCAGAAAUAUAAUUUGAAUUUGUUGUUCAGCUCCAAGUCAACUCUGAGCAGACGUAUUAAAAACAUUCCAUUCAUGAACAUCCUGUCUUUGUAGGAUUGUAUGUCUAGGGCUACAGAUUUAAAAUUGGUGCUCAAUUUUUAAAAGGCAAAGGAAAAAUUUGAAAUAUGUGGCUGUUAUUUCUUCUAGGUCCUGUGAGAGCUAUGAUAAGAACCAGGUUGUUUUCAUAGGUUCUACAGUUUUUAUUACAAUUCGAAAAUAAACAUUGACAAACAAAGAAAAGACAAGUGUAGGAAAGAAAAAAACAUUAACAAAAAAUAUAAGAGGCAUGUCUUCAUAAGUUUGCUACCCAGAUGUAAUUUUAGGUUCAGUCCAAAAAUACAGUGCAUUUAGCAAGUGUCUUCUACUAAAGCAACAGUGAGUGGAUUGCAUAGGUGAAAACUGUUAGUGUUGUGUGGGUGUGUUCUCGUUUUGAUAUCAUAUGUUGGAUCAACCUGUCAUUUGUCUACUAUCUUCAUUGGAAACCAGUGAGGGUUGAUGAUAGAAAGGGCAUGUGACCACAAUAAUUCUUCUUAAAUCUUGUCUGACCCAAGCAAGCAUAGAAAAGGGAAUGUUUAAAUGAUGAUAAUGAUAACAGUUGUUUGUUCUUCAUGACUUGGCCUUUCUUAGCAGGUUCUUCUUUUGCAGAACAUUAUCAUCGUUUUAACACAAACCUGUUUCAUAGCAAAGUAAUGGUUUUGGUUGACUGUUAGGUGACUAUUGGCCAGCCCAAGGUUAUAAUAGCAGACACUUGUCCAAGAUGCAUUGCAGAGGGACGAAACCCAAAACUUGCUUUGGAGGCACACUUUCUCGUUACCCAACCAUUCAACCCAGUUAAAUGCUCAUAUUUAUUAUUUAAUUUUUAUGAAAUCAAUUAUUUAAUGCUAAUUGCAACAUCUUUGAGUGUGUGUAUAUGAAAUUGAUUUUCAUUUGAAUUGAAAUAUGAUGACAAUGCACUGUAUUUAUUUGUGUUUACCAAUCCUGGUAGAUGGUAUUUUGGAAUAAAAGCCCCAUGCCUCAAGGGCAAGAAAAGAAA